AUGCCUCCAACCAUUCCGAACCGUGGAGGACCAAGCUCGAGCCAGGCGGGCCACAGGCAAUUAGGAGGCAAGACGAUUGGCACCGGCGUCAAGCGCCACAGAAAAAUUCUCAGAGAUUCUAUCCAUGGCGUCACCAAGCCUGCUAUCCGGCGAUUGGCUCGACGUGGAGGAGUAAAGCGCAUUUCUGCGCUGGUCUAUGAAGAGACUAGAGUUGCUUUGAAGGCGUUUCUUGAAGGGGUUCUUCGCGACGUUGUUACAUAUGUUGACUACCGGCGAGCAAAGACGGUUACCUUGGAAGAUGUACUUCACAGUCUCAAACGUAGAGGAAGAACGCUCUAUUACUUCAGCAAGGAUGAUGCCUGGAAUGAACCCAAGAGCCACCGUACAAAGGUGGCCAGAAGACUGCCCUAUAAGGCGGAUCGAAUCAGCUCGCCAUGA